AUGCUCGCACGACCAGGAGGUACUCGAGUCUGUCCGGCCAUUGGUCGGCGCGUGCAGGCCUACUUGUCGGCGCUGGCCACCACGAACGCGACGCUCGGAGCUGCGUGCGAUGCGAAGGAGGCGACCCCGUCGGUGGCUGGAUCGGAUGUGGGCAGUACGUGUCGAAAUGGUCGGUCGAUCAAUGGUGGCGAUAGGAUGAACGCGCUCGCGUUGCGUGUGGCAGCUCUCGGUGCCGUGCUGACCCGCUGCUACAUCCCAUCCACGGAUCCAACCAUGCUCGCACGACCAGGAGGUACUCGAGUCUGUCCGGCCAUUGGUCGGCGCGUGCAGGCCUACUUGUCGGCGCUGGCCACCACGAACGCGACGCUCGGAGCUGCGUGCGAUGCGAAGGAGGCGACCCCGUCGGUGGCUGGAUCGGAUGUGGGCAGUACGUGUCGAAAUGGUCGGUCGAUCAAUGGUGGCGAUAGGAUGAACGCGCUCGCGUUGCGUGUGGCAGCUCUCGGUGCCGUGCUGACCCGCUGCUACAUCCCAUCCACGGAUCCAACCAUGCUCGCACGACCAGGAGGUACUCGAGUCUGUCCGGCCAUUGGUCGGCGCGUGCAGGCCUACUUGUCGGCGCUGGCGACCACGAACGCGACGCUCGGAGCUGCGUGCGAUGCGAAGGAGGCGACCCGAUCGGUGGCUGGAUCGGAUGUGGGCAGUACGUGUCGAAAUGGUCGAUCGAUCAAUGGUGGCGAUAGGAUGAACGCGCUCGCGUUGCGUGUGGUGCGUGCUCUCGGUGCCGUGCUGACCCGCUGCUACAUCCCAUCCACGGAUCCAACCAUGCUCGCACGACCAGGAGGUACUCGAGUCUGUCCGGCCAUUGGUCGGCGCGUGCAGGCCUACUUGUCGGCGCUGGCCACCACGAACGCGACGCUCGGAGCUGCGUGCAAUGCGAAGGAGGCGACCCCGUCGGUGGCUGGAUCGGAUGUGGGCAGUACGUGUCGAAAUGGUCGAUCGAUCAAUGGUGGCGAUAGGAUGAACGCGCUCGCGUUGCGUGUGGUGCGUGCUCUCGGUGCCGUGCUGACCCGCUGCUACAUCCCAUCCACGGAUCCAACCAUGCUCGCACGACCAGGAGGUACUCGAGUCUGUCCGGCCAUUGGUCGGCGCGUGCAGGCCUACUUGUCGGCGCUGGCGACCACGAACGCGACGCUCGGAGCUGCGUGCGAUGCGAAGGAGGCGACCCGAUCGGUGGCUGGAUCGGAUGUGGGCAGUACGUGUCGAAAUGGUCGAUCGAUCAAUGGUGGCGAUAGGAUGAACGCGCUCGCGUUGCGUGUGGUGCGUGCUCUCGGUGCCGUGCUGACCCGCUGCUACAUCCCAUCCACGGAUCCAACCAUGCUCGCACGACCAGGAGGUACUCGAGUCUGUCCGGCCAUUGGUCGGCGCGUGCAGGCCUACUUGUCGGCGCUGGCGACCACGAACGCGACGCUCGGAGCUGCGUGCGAUGCGAAGGAGGCGACCCGAUCGGUGGCUGGAUCGGAUGUGGGCAGUACGUGUCGAAAUGGUCGGUCGAUCAAUGGUGGCGAUAGGAUGAACGCGCUCGCGUUGCGUGUGGCAGCUCUCGGUGCCGUGCUGACCCGCUGCUACAUCCCAUCCACGGAUCCAACCAUGCUCGCACGACCAGGAGGUACUCGAGUCUGUCCGGCCAUUGGUCGGCGCGUGCAGGCCUACUUGUCGGCGCUGGCGACCACGAACGCGACGCUCGGAGCUGCGUGCGAUGCGAAGGAGGCGACCCGAUCGGUGGCUGGAUCGGAUGUGGGCAGUACGUGUCGAAAUGGUCGGUCGAUCAAUGGUGGCGAUAGGAUGAACGCGCUCGCGUUGCGUGUGGCAGCUCUCGGUGCCGUGCUGACCCGCUGCUACAUCCCAUCCACGGAUCCAACCAUGCUCGCACGACCAGGAGGUACUCGAGUCUGUCCGGCCAUUGGUCGGCGCGUGCAGGCCUACUUGUCGGCGCUGGCGACCACGAACGCGACGCUCGGAGCUGCGUGCGAUGCGAAGGAGGCGACCCGAUCGGUGGCUGGAUCGGAUGUGGGCAGUACGUGUCGAAAUGGUCGGUCGAUCAAUGGUGGCGAUAGGAUGAACGCGCUCGCGUUGCGUGUGGCAGCUCUCGGUGCCGUGCUGACCCGCUGCUACAUCCCAUCCACGGAUCCAACCAUGCUCGCACGACAAGGAGGUACUCGAGUCUGUCCGGCCAUUGGUCGGCGCGUGCAGGCCUACUUGUCGGCGCUGGCCACCACGAACGCGACGCUCGGAGCUGCGUGCGAUGCGAAGGAGGCGACCCCGUCGGUGGCUGGAUCGGAUGUGGGCAGUACGUGUCGAAAUGGUCGGUCGAUCAAUGGUGGCGAUAGGAUGAACGCGCUCGCGUUGCGUGUGGCAGCUCUCGGUGCCGUGCUGACCCGCUGCUACAUCCCAUCCACGGAUCCAACCAUGCUCGCACGACCAGGAGGUACUCGAGUCUGUCCGGCCAUUGGUCGGCGCGUGCAGGCCUACUUGUCGGCGCUGGCGACCACGAACGCGACGCUCGGAGCUGCGUGCGAUGCGAAGGAGGCGACCCGAUCGGUGGCUGGAUCGGAUGUGGGCAGUACGUGUCGAAAUGGUCGAUCGAUCAAUGGUGGCGAUAGGAUGAACGCGCUCGCGUUGCGUGUGGUGCGUGCUCUCGGUGCCGUGCUGACCCGCUGCUACAUCCCAUCCACGGAUCCAACCAUGCUCGCACGACCAGGAGGUACUCGAGUCUGUCCGGCCAUUGGUCGGCGCGUGCAGGCCUACUUGUCGGCGCUGGCGACCACGAACGCGACGCUCGGAGCUGCGUGCGAUGCGAAGGAGGCGACCCGAUCGGUGGCUGGAUCGGAUGUGGGCAGUACGUGUCGAAAUGGUCGAUCGAUCAAUGGUGGCGAUAGGAUGAACGCGCUCGCGUUGCGUGUGGUGCGUGCGUAG